AUGUUACUGCUUAGUUCCCGUAUCUACGGGAUCUACGGACGACUAAUCCUUACUACGACAAAGAUCAUUAGAGGCGAUCCGGGUAAAGAAUACUCUCUCGAGAAUCUUUACGGAUAUAUUAAAGGACGCGACCUUAUAGAGCACCUAUUUAAUUAUCGACGCCUUAAUAUCGAAGAGCGUCUUAAUACUACCUAUACCGCUCCUAUCUUAUUAGAGCUUAAUAAGGCGUUUAUAUCUAAAGCUAUAAUUUACUACCUAGUAAAAGUUCGUAACUCGGAAGAUACCGAAUCUUAUAAGCGAAUACUAGCUAUUAUAUCUAUAGUAUAUCGGCCUAUCGCGUUCGACGAGCUACCCUCUAUUAUUAAGCUACCUAAUAAUCUCUUUAGUAAUACUAAAGCUCUAUCGGAGAUUAUCGCGAUUUAUAGCUUAUUUUUAACUAUACGCGAAGAUACUAUUAUUUUUAUUUAUUACUCGAGGGCUUAUUUUAGCUACUAUAAUAGGAAAAAGAGGAACUACUUGCCUUUUUAUAAUAAGUUUAAGACGUAUCCUGAUUUAUUCGAUACUAUAGGCUAG